AAACAUAUAUUUCUAUCUAAUCCUCUGUUUUUUCUUUUUUCUUUUUCCUCUUCUUCCAUAACCAUCAAUUUCGUUUUUUUUUUUGCUUCAAUCCUGCGUGUGUUUGUGUAUACCUCUGAAAAAUGCCAGGUACUAUCCAAGUUUCAGUUUUGGGUCUUAUUGAUGAUGUUCAGACAUCUUCUCAUCAAGGUUCUUCAAACACUUCCAUUAAAGUUGCUAUGGGGAAGCUUGAGUAUCGAACUUCGGAUUCAGGAGACUACAUUUUUCCAGUAACGAGGCUCCGAGAAAAUCUGAUUGUUAGUCUGUUAGAUGUCAAUGGGAACAGGAUACUACACAGAGAGAUAGAGACCAGAAUAAUAAUAGAGAAUGGUUUCUUGGAAGAGAAACUUUCCUUCAAUGGCUAUGGAAAUGUCCAAUUGAAAAUGCAGUUUGUUCUAACCGAAGAAGAUCGAAAUCGCAUUCGUUUCUUGAGACAAUCAGCAUUGCGAAAGAAGCACGAGGAGCUUGUCAAUGGCACUUCUUUUACCAAAUCUAAAAGCAUUGCUUCAGAUUUGUCUACUUUAAGUCCAAUGCAAACCCGAGACAUCGUGGCUGUUGCUAAUCCUAAGAAAAUUCUUGGUCUGUCUCGAGAAACCGAGCUUGAAAUUAAUGCAGAUAGAGAACAGGUUUCGUCAAAUUUGAUAAUGUGGAAGCCUGAAGUAAAUGAAACUGUUCAACCAAAGAAAGAAGAGAAGCCCAAAAUUCAACUAUCUUCUUCAUAUGUUUCCUCAAGUAAGAAGCUUCCGGAGAUUAAAAAAGUGGAGAGUGUCUUGUUAGUGAAGCAAGAAGAUAAGGGUUUGAGCAUACCGGAAAGAAACCUUAAACGGGAGUCAAUGAGGCGGAGUAUGUCAGAGACAAAUUUGACCAAUGUGCGGAAAAUGAUUAGCAACUUUGAGGUAAAAGUUACUUCUCAGGAUACAAAAAUUCGGAAAACAAAGAUUCAAACUGGUUCUUGUAAAGAUGUGGAGGAGAAAACUAAGGCGCAGUCACAACAGGAAAGCGCUGUGACUCUAGAGAAACCGGAAGAAAGGAAGAUAAGCUUUAAAGAUAUGGAGAAGCCAAUUUGUAUAGAGGACACAGAGAGAUGUGAUGAUUUAGUAAUAGUUUCAAGAAAUGAAAGGACAAUAGUUAUAGAGGAGAAGAGUGACUCUUUAAGUAAGCUGAGGCGAAAAAGAAGCUCUGUGGUAGAAGUAAGAGAUGAUGAGAAGAAACCAAACAAAUCUGUGCGCUUUAAGGAUUCUCAACAAGAGAAUGCACGAGGAUCCCGUCUCUGGAUAUUUCCAGAUGAGGCAAAAGAUUUAUCUUGCGAAAAAACAGAUUUUGGAGAAAGGGUACAUUUGGAUUUGGCAGAAGCAGAUUUGUUACAAAAGAACAGAGAAGAAUCCACUAGGGAAAACAUCGGUGAGAGAGGAAUCCGCUGCAGAAGUAUCGUGAAAGUGAGUAGCCACAACAAGUGGGAGAACAUUGAGAGAUCAAAGAAACAUAAGACUGAGAAUUCUGCAGAUUCAGAAAGUUCACAUGGACCUGUUGGGCAGGUAAUGCGUGCGUUGAUCGUGGCGGGGUUUGCAGGAUUAGUGUUUUUGACACGGCAAAGAACUUAAAACAAGACGAGCUGCCUUUGAGAUGGUAAUAUUGGAUUCAAUUCUUUUUAAAACCAGAGUACCAGACUGUUAUACAUGUAUUAUUGCACAUAAUAAAAAUUUUAGUUAUCCUUAUAGGCGAUCAAAAAAAAAAAAAAAAAUCAAGCUUUAAGCCUAGGUGAUUGAUUGCACGCAUUGUUAAAACAAGAUUUCAUUGUUACAGUUAAAACCAGGCAGUAGAAUUAGCA